AUGAUACGUAACCAGGCUCUCCGGGGCCAGCGCAUGGCCCUCGCAUCCCUACAGCCUUCAAUCCCCUUUAUUCGCCCCUUCUCCUCUUCUUUCCAGCCGAACAACGCCCGGGAGUCCCCAAGCUCAAAGCCGACAACUCCGAAGCCGCAUGACAUUGACCCGCGAUGGCUUACCAUGACAAAACGACGUGUUGGAAGAUGCAUGAUGUUCGGCUUGAAACCGCACCAGAUCCAGGAGGCUGGAGAGAUUGUGCAGCAGAUUGCGAGGGAUUGGCGGGAGUUGAUUGCGGGUAGUGAGGGAUACUUGACGGAUGCUACGCGAAGAGGACUUUUCCGGCAGAAUGUUGCUUGGGGUGAAAUGGUAUGCUGUGCGAGGGCUUGCGUCUGA